CGCAUUCUUGCUAUGGUAAAUCCUAGUCGGUACAUUAAUUAUGAUGUCAACAUUUUCGUUUAUUCAUUAUUUCUUAGAUUAAUCGGAUCAACCAUGGAUCCAGAAAAAGCCAAAGCUAAUUUUUCCAGAGUAUGUGCACUAUUGGUAGACAAAGGACGCGAUGCAUUAAAAGCUGCUUUACAUAUGGUACAUCCGCCUUCCACUUUAGCUGCCGUGUUAAAUGCAAAUAAAUCUACCUUGAAGAAGAUAAGGAACAGUGUAAUUAAUGCCUCGCAAUGGAACUUACUCUUUCCAGUUUCGGGUACACCAGAUUCGAACAACUUUGAUAUAACUUUAUUAACCAUCCUACUGCGAAAUAUUUGUGGAUUGGCUUCACCAGCAGCUGGAUCGGACAAUAGGCCACCAGCCAGCGAUACUUCUAUAUCCGCCAAUAUUUUGAGGAUUAAAAUUUUCAGAAAUGAGGUCUAUGGUCAUAUUGCAAAUCCUAAAUAUGAUGACACUACGUUUGAAACUUUGUGGCAAGAAAUUGCAAAGCCUUUGGUUAAGUUAGGAAUUCCUCAACAAUAUAUUGAUGAAUUAAAGACAGUGCGUGUCAGUUUUAAAGAAGAGUGUUAUAUUGAAACAAUAAAGGAAUGGACAGAACUAGAGGAUAAACGUUUUUCAGUCAAUUUUAAAAUUAAUGAUUCCGUCUUACCAAAGACCUUUGAAAAUGGGAAUCCCUCACAAGUUAACCAACUUACGAAGUUUGAUUUUACUCGGAAGAUUGAUGACCUUAGUAAAAAAUUUCAUGGUGGUACUAGACAUUGGUAUUUUGAACAGGUUUCAAGUUGGUUUAGUAAAGAAUAUUCUACAGUUAUGAUAAUGACUGCAGAUAUUGGUGUCGGAAUGAGUGUUAUGUCUGCAAGAUUUUGCAAGCUAUAUGAACAGUGCGGCAAACUCGCAGCAUACCAUUUCUGCGACUUCAGAAACGAAGAUUAUAGCAAUCCCAAGAGAAUUCUCCAGUCUCUUGCCAGUCAAAUGUGCGACAAUGUUGAUGGAUUUCAUGAGAAACUGACUGAAGUUCUUCGUCAUGAGCAUUCUCAAGAUUCACUAUCAGACGCAUUUCGUGUUCUUCUAAACGAUCCACUGCAUGCCCUCGAGAGACGUGAGCCAAUGCUGAUCGUUGUGGAUGCUUUGGAUGACAGCAAAACUGAUGUCAAAAGUGAAUUUUUGGAAAUGAUAUUUGAGGAAUUUCUUGAAUUGCCAAAUUGGGUUAAGGUACUCGUUUGGAGUAAAGCGGGGUUUAAUGCACGGAAGAAACUUCUACAUCUACCAGCAGAACUUUUGCCUCGAAUUUGGUUGUUGAACGCAGGUAAUGUAAGAAGAUUGCUUGUACGUGUUAAAUUGCAAAUGCUUGUUUCUGUACACUUUUUCUCGCAGUUAUACUAAGGCAGGUUUCGAUUACCUCUGCUUUGCCCGCGCAGGGGAAGCGGUCAUAGGGUACUCGGUGGCGCAGUCGGCAGAGCAAGCGCCUUUUACCUCUGAGAACGUUCGUUCGGUUCUCGUUCCGUGCUCAUGUGAAAACAGCCAGUCAACGCUCUACUGAAAGUCAUGGGUUUUCGCCGGGCGUUCCGGUUUCCUCCAACAGGGAAUGUUGACAGGGUGGGUUAGGAUAAACAUGGUUAGGAGAAUUGUUGUAAAGAUAAUUAGUCUAGGCCAAGUACUAGGUAAUACGUAUGCGUAAUACUUGAUGUAAUCGGUCACUGAAAAGCCACGUUGGGGAUUUAGCUGAAUAAUACAUGUAUUGUAUAUAAUAUAUCUCUUCAUCAAAACUUGACUACAAAAUUUCCACCUCAGUUUUACCGCCAUAUUUAUCUUGUAAUAAGAUAACGUCGCCAUAGUAACAACGGAAGACUCGUACAAGUUCAUUGAAUCACACAUCGAUCAGCGCGUUUAUAGUUGUUUCACCCCCUAUAAUAUAUAAGCGCUCUUAUUUCAACUUUCAAAGCGUGAACGCGUGAUCGAAUGCCCAAUACUUCCCGUUUCGCUCGCGCGGGAAAAGCUUACCUAAUGGAAACCGGCUUUUUGCUCAGUAUAUAGUUCGGUAAUUUUAGAUAACGCGCAACAAUACGAGUAGAUUGAUCAAUGAGAAACUUUCAUGUUUAAACAAUGCAUGUUUAUAGACAGCAAAGGCAGUAAUAAUUUGAAUGUCGCCAAACGUACAAUUACAAGUAUGGAAAAUCCUAUUAUGUAAAUAACAAAUUGAUAUUAUUAUUACCUUAAAAGGCAAGGCUAUUUAUUUCUGAGCAAUGAGAAUUUUGGUUACGAUUCCCUCACAAAAAUCCACUUUUUAUUGAUUUCAGUAGCAGGCUCUAUUUCAAGCAUAGAGCCUGACACGCAGGUUACAAAGCCGUUGAAAUGGUCACUUGAUAGUGGGCAAAGUGCUUAUCGUGAAUGUUUUAUAACGGGCACAAAUGAAAAUUUCUUAGACUUUUUACGUAUACUUUUAGUUAAUAGAUGUUCCCAGCAUGCCGAUGAAGAAAGUAAGAUGUUCCAUCCUUUUGACCAGCAAAGUUCCAAGGCUGCAAACAGAAAUUUGGACAACGAUUUUGCAUUGGAUUCCAAACCAAUCCGCACUUCGGAGGAAGGAUUCCAAUUAGAUUUAGAAGACGAAAAAGCUUCUCAUCUAUCGCCAGAUUUUGAAAUUAAUGUGAAAAAUCUUGAAACCAAGACUACUAAGGAAAACGAGAAGUGCAGUAGAUUGGUAAAUGUUUCGUCUCAAACCUCAGUGAACCCAUCUGGGAAAUUUCAAGAUGGUUUAAUGCACCUACCUCUGAAACGAAAGUCAAAGUCUAAGCAAGAUUUUGAAAACAAUUCGACUACCCAAAUGCAAGAUUGCGUAAGUUCGAAUGAAGAUUCGUCAACUGGUGAAAUAUGGAACAAAGGUAAAAGGAACAAAAUUAAAAGUAACAAAAAGCCCGAACGCGAAAUAUCGGAAGAUUCAAAUAUGAUAGAUCAUGUACUUCCACAACAGAAUGAAUGGAAAAAAGGGAAAGGGAUUGAUGGGUAUAUUAAAUAUCCCGGGACCGAAAGAAAGAAGAAGUCUGAUGAGAUGCUGAAAAGUCUUGAAAAUGAAGACAACUCGCUGAAAUCAAGAAGUUUGAUUCAUUUCCCCAGACCACCAGCUCUGACGCUGUCUCGGAGAGUUAAAGAACUGGAAGAAGAAAACGCUUUUCUUAAAAAUGAAAUGAAGUCAUUACGAGCUAAAUACGAAGAUACUUUGGCUGAGCUUGGGCGAAUUGAUGUUCAGAAAACUGCGAAGGAAAACGAAGAAAGAAAAUCUGAACUAUUUCAGCAAAUAUUUCGUUUCCCAUUAUCCGAAGCUACUGUUUUGCCUACCAGCAAAGACAGACCAAUUAAUGAUAUGCAUGGCUCUCCAAAUAGGUUCCUGAAACCUCAUCCCACAAACGAAAAGGUUCAUACACUAUCAGAUAUCUAUCCAGCCACUUUCGCUGAACACCAUGUCGAGGGGGCAGGGGCAUUGGUGCAAAGAAGUAAUCUUCAACCUAGAAAAGAAGAGACGGUUACAAGUCACAAAGGCGAAAGCGAAAUUCAAAGAGGAGAUCGACGAGGUAAUGAGGUAUCAACGUUCAUGAAUAACAACGAAAAUCAAACUCCAUCAUCGCAAAACUCAUCGAGUAAUAAUACAUCGAGGGAGAAGACAAGUGGCGGAGAUGGAAUCAAUCCAUCUGGAAAAGUUCAAGGAGCCAGUGGUUUAGAAUCGACUUACCCCCAAAGCUAUGAAAAUUUAUCUCUCUCCGUCCAACAAGACGAUUCUGGAACAGAGUACAUAUCCCUUGGUAAUGUACCACCUACAUCUGUUGCAACAACCUUAUACAACAACUACAAGCUCCUGUUAUUAUCCCUGGGUCAACGACUUCUUUCCUCCGACGUCGUAAAGCUGAAGAACUGGGCAAGUCAGAAUUUCUCAAUCAACGACCCACAGAAUGUUACAGAUAUCCUCUUUCAACUUGAUCAAAAAGCAGUCAUCAAUGCUUCAGAUUUAAGUCAACUUUCUCUUUUCUUUGAAUCCAUUGUCAGAAUUGAUCUGGUGUAUAUUAUCGACUCAUUUCUCCUUGGUGAUUAUAAUAAACUUCGCCAAACUUCAGCACCCAAACAAGGAGCAGCAAAUGCAGCCCAAACAUCCACGUAUCGCUCUACUACAAUGUAUCAAAGUAUGUUUGAUGCAAUGAACACUGCUCGCCAAUCUUUGGUCAAUCCAGGUGCUAGCGGUACAUUAAAAGCCAGGUCAGUCAGAAAUUCAGCAACAUUAAGCCAACCCGGAAACGGCAAUGGACCACAAAGAUCUCUCCCUCAACAAACACAACCGCCAGGUUUCCGAAAUUUGUCAGAUACAGCCAAUCCAGCAUGCUUCCCUAGAUCUCCAAAUGAAAACCAAUCCACCGCCUCUGAGCAGCAAAGCCUUAAACCUGUUACAACUGGAUUUACUGCAAAUAGAAUGGCUGAUGUAGUUGUUGCUGAUGGCUCUGGUGUUACAAGUAAGUGUUUCUUGAUAUUUUUGACAGACGGGAUUUUAAAAAUUAAAUACUUUGCAAUAUAGUAACGUAAAUUUAUUCAUAAUCUUUUUCAUUGUAAUUUUACCGUUAAUCCGAUGAUGUUUUCAGUCGAGACGAAACGUCACUGUAUAAAAACUUAGAGUGAAAUGAACAAUAAAAGUGAAAUGACAGUUUGAAAGAAUGUAUUUGUAUCGUUUGAAAAACAGAUGAAAGAAGAACAAUGGCAGGAAAUUCUUUGACAAGAACAAAUCCAUCAGUGACAAACAACACACGUACUGCUCAUGUUGUCGAAAGUAAUGGUUCAAAAUUUCAGCGUCCAGAAGCGGAACGAAGCAACAGUUCUAAUUUCCAGUCCCCCGGCGGUUCUCGUAACCAGUACCUAGACAGAGAAGACAAUUGGUUAUGCAGCCAUUACAAACGCCAUUGUUACGUCAAAUUUGAAUGUUGCAACAGCUUUUGGCCAUGUCAUCGUUGUCAUAACAACCAAAGCACGUGUGGACGAAAAAAACUUAAAUCCCGUGACACACAAAUGUUGAAGUGUGUAUAUUGUAGCAAAGUCCAACAGGUAACUCAAAAUUCAUGCUGUGAAAAUAUUAUCUAAGCUAAGACGUCUGUAUUUGUCCUGAUUUCAGUCAUGUUGUUGGAUUUGCUAUUGGUUUUUUUUGUCUUAUAGUUCUUUCGUAGUUGUGCGUUUAAUUAAACAUUUGUGCGACUAAGUCAAUCGCAGUUGUUAGAUGAUCGAUAUAGACAAUAAAUUUGAAUCUCUAUGAUAUAUUAUUUCUAUUAUUUAGUUUGGUCAUUCUUGCUGCGACUGUGGUGCAAAAUUUUCCGCGUAUUACUGUGGAUUGUGCAAACAUUUAACUGGCAAAGAUGAUAAUCCCUAUCAUUGUGUGAAAUGUGGAAUCUGCAGGUACGAUUUGGUUAACUUACAUGACAUGAUUUGGUUAACUUACAUGACAUGGCCUAGUUCUAUGCAGACUAUAAUUUAGUUACACCACAAAAUAUAUCCGCUGGUUAAUACAUCUGCUUUCUAACUCUGAGAAACGAUUGAUAAAAUGAUCCAACAUUCUGUUGUCUCAUCAUAACUUCACCUCGUGAUCAGAGGCGUAGCCCGAAGAAACGUAGCACCGUUGAAACAUCGAAUAAGCGUUGAAACGCUGAUUUACGUUUAAAUUGGUUGGACUAGCAUCCCAAAUAUCGAGGAUUCGAUUCCAACCAUGGUCAGGCAAACUUUUCAGCUUGCCCUGUCUGGAUGCACACUCAGAGUAACACCACAAACAUCAUAUUCACCUGACUACAUAACACCAACACACACAACAAUAGUAUACUAUCAAUUACCUAAGACGUUUUUUCUUUAAUUGAGAAGCAUUUAGAAUUUGAAAACAUGCUUGGAAAAACCGAUUUGGUUUAAAGGUUACAAAACACCCUACGCAGCUGGUUCGGGAAAUUUUGCAUUACGCACUCAUUUUUUAAGCAAUCGGCCGAUAAUUUGCAACAAAUGUUGGAAACUAAACGCUUUACCUAUUAGUAUUGUCAAAUAAGACAUUAAUGGUGUUUCAAAUUUUUGUAGUAUCUGAAAUCCAUGCAGGUACAUGUCUUCCACGAGUUUAUGUUCGUUCUGGUUUUACUGAAAUUCUCUCAAAAUAUACUUUUUACUCCUUGAUGAUUGAUCUAGAAACGUAUGUCUGGGAUUUUCGAUUGGUUCAUGCGUUAUCAAGCUAGAUGUUGUUCUUUCUAGACCUAUGUUGGGACACAAAUUAAAUAAAUGACAUGUAAAGUCCUGUAACACAAAAUACUUAAUUUUGAUUUUAAAAAAUAUUCCCAGAUACACUUUUGUAGCUAAAUUAUGUCGCAAUAUUUUAAUUGAAUUUUGAAAGAAAUUGGUUAAUUAAUAAAAUGUUUGCUUUCUUAACCUUUGAAUGCGUGCAUAUGUCGCAAAAUUCAUUCGGCUAAAAACAGGCUGUGAAAAUUUGGAAGGUUUUUCACACUUACUGCAAUUGCAAAAAUAUCUGAUUGACGUUAAUUUAACCAAUUACAAUGCAAGCGGUUUAUUAUCCAUGAAAAGUGUUCUCUGUACCUGAGCUAUGAUCUGAGCAAAUGAAAUCCCCGUUAUUAUUCUACUUGAUCACUUCGUAUUGGAAAUGCCUUGAGUGAGGGAAACAUAUGGUUUAACACCGACUAAUAGCAUGCAGGUCCGAUUUGCUGUAUUUUACUCUGUGGUUAGCAGUAAUUAUCAACAACCAUGGGGAAUUUGUGGAAGCGAAAUUUGAUACUUAACAAGUUGUCAACAGUAAUAGCAAGCUCUCGUGCUAGGAAUAAAAUUUGAAAAACAUUAUCCUUUAUAACUCAUGCAAUUUUAAAUAUUUUCAAAAAAAUUCUUCUUGCAUAUGAGAGCCAUUUUUAAGCUUUCUGAAUGUGUAGGAAUAAGAAAUUCCAUUUUUUGGACGACCUAGGGUGUGCUGUAACCUUACAGUCGUCAGCCAGAGAGGAAGCCGGAAAAGCAAGAGUCACUGAACAAUUUCUAUUAAUGAGGGAUGAACCCCUCCUUGGUGUACCACUGGGAUAAUAUCAUGAUUGCGGGUAUUCCCUUUGUUUUCGCAGGGCAAUUAAUAACUAAUACACCUCAUUAUAUUCAUUUUUCUAAUCCUACCCGCUUUUACGUCAUGUCAGGUAGAAUUAGUUGUAAUGCUACCCGAAACGACGUCAAAGCGGGUACGAUUAGAAAAAAUGAAUAUAUAUGAAAUCGCCAAAACUAAACAAAGACAUGGAAAACAAUUAUACCAUUUAAUUUCGGGUCAUUUAGUAAAAUUUUACUAAAUGACCCUCAUCGAUUGGCGCCGAAGGGAAUUUUACUAAACGACCCUCAUCGGGCGGGAAGUUUUAAUAGCUAAUUCGCCUCUUUCUAUGCUAUUACUUAUAAAAACAGUCCAAAGCUGAUAAAGUUUCCCUGGCAGUACAUAAUUUCAGUGAAAUACUUUAUUUAUUUUAAUUUAGAAUUCAUGGAGAUCGUUCGUUCCAUUGUGAUGUCUGUGGAGUUUGUUUGGAUGUCCAACUUCGUGGAAAUCACAAAUGUCGUGAAGGUUCUGCCCAUGAUGAAUGUUGCAUUUGUUUGGAGGUAGUGUAUCAAUUCGAGCUCUUCAUCUCUUCUUUCUUUUUCUGAACAACAUUCUGCUAAUCGGUGUGAAAUGGCAUAAAGGUUGUUCUUCACUUAAUCAUCACAUAGUGUUUGUUGUGCCAAUGGCAUUAGUUGCAUUGGUGCUUACAAAACAACUGCAUAGGGUACGAAUCACUACAAUAGGGCUUAAGUGGAAGCCGAAUUUAAUGGGCUCUCAGCAUUGACCAGGGUUAUAAAACGGAUUUUAAUUUCUUUUUCGUGCAGGAUGCUUUCACUGGAUGUCAAAUCCUUCCUUGUUCUCACAAAGUCCAUAAGGAAUGUGCAACUCAAAUGAUAAGGAGCGGAAUGUGA